CUGGUCACAAAAGCAUUUAUAUUCAAACACCACAUCUUUUUCUAUUUUUAAACCUACUCUUCUCUCUUUCUCUCUUCUUCUUUUUCUUAAAUAAAAAAAAUGGAAGAAACUGACAGCAGUCAAGAUUUCACGAGUCUAGUUGAAGCAUGUUCAAAAAGACCUAAUGAAAUAUCUGCUUGCUUACCAGGACCAUCUGAUGUUUGGGUAAAUGGAUCCACUCACUAUUUUAUUUGGAAAUACAAUAAUCCAUUCUAUGUUAAUGCAGACUCUUUGAAUCUUUAUCUAUAUAAUAUAAUUAAUUAUGCAUAUGUCAGCGUCAAAAACUACUCCAACCUCAAUACAUUAGCAGGAGGCAUUCAAGUCACAGUAGAUGAUUCUUGGUUCCUGAAACCAUCGCCAACAAACCAAAACAUUACCAUGUAUGGAUUUUAUUUACCUUCUACAGCUAAUGUGACCGUAGAACUAUCAGAUCCAAGCAGCCAAUUUCCUCGACCAUUUAACUUUACCGUAACUCAAAUAGCAUCGCCCAACAUUAGUAAUAGCAACAAGCCAAAGAAUUCAACUUCACCAUCCAAUGGCUCAAACAGUAGCAGUAACGACAGCAAUUUAAACGGUAGUGCAGGCUCAUCCUCCAAUCCAUUACCGGGAUGGGCCAUUGCUGUGAUUGUUAUUGCUGUCAUUGCUCUCAUCUGCGGUGCAGCAGCGCUUAUUUGGACAACUAUUAUUUCACGUAAAAGCAAAAAGAACAAUAAACUCCUACCUAUUAUCACAGCUACUGACACCAGUAACAAUAAUAACAACAAUAACCAUGGAAACGAGGCAGGCCUCAAUGCUGCCAAAGUUAACAAUGAAAAGCUCCUCCUUGACACAACAUCAAUGAAUUCUCAGGCUCCUAUCAUGGGCUAUCGUUCAACAGACAGCGUUCCCAUGGCAGAGUCCAGCAUCGCAUCUCGUCCGACAACCUAUAAUAAUGAGACAUAUGACCCAUUUAGAGCCAACAUGCCAGUGGACGAAGAAGAGGAAGAACUGAAAAGAAGAAGAUUAGGUGAGGCAUUACUGCAAAGGCAGCUGGAAGAAGAUGGUACCUCUGUGAAACAUGCUGGUCGGUUCACUCGUGUCAAAAGCUUAGCAGAUAUUCAAAAAAGUGCCAUUGCUGAACAUCCUCCACCACCUCUACCUCCAUCAUCUUCUUCUACUACUCACCUAAGCUAACAUAUAACAUAUAUUCACUCUACAUAUAUAAUAUACACCUAAACAUGCGUAAUCACAUAUAGUCAUUUUAUAUUAAUAAAUUAUUUUUUAUGUUGUGACUUUAGCUCUCCUCUU